AUGUUACAAGACUUGCUCCAUAAUGCUCCUAAUCUAGAAACUCUUGUUGUUACUAAGUGGCACAACGUAGGAAAUAUUUAUCCUUCCUCAUUCCAGAAUUUGGUCCAACUGGACUUUAAUGUUACUGAUUGUAACUGGCCAAUGUUACAAGACUUGCUCCAGAAUGCUCCUAAUCUAGAAACUCUUGUUGUUACUAAGGAGCCACAAUAUGAUCGUGACUAUCUGUCAUCACAUCUUACAAGUUUUUAUUAUGGAGGAUUUGAAGGUUUGAAAGAUGAAGAGGAAUUUGUAAAAUAUAUUCUAAAGGAGGCAAGAGUUUUGAAGACAGCAACAAUUCAAGUUUAUAGAGGAAAGUCGAAGGAAAAUGUUCUUGAGAAACUUGCCCAAUGA